AUGCCGUGCUUCACGACUUCCUCGGAGGCAGGCAUCACACAGAAAGUUAUAGUUAUGCGGCAUGGUGAGCGCCGUGAUACGCACCCCAACUCCGCAUUGGAGUUGGAUCCACCGUUGACAGAGUCUGGCAAAAUGGAUGUGGCGCGAGUAGCUUCCCAGCUUAAAUCCAUCUUUGGGUCUGAGAUCAAAGCACAGUCAGUUUUUUUGUCUGUCUCGCCGUUUCUGCGAACAGUGGAAACAGCCAAGGCACUGCAGCUCAACGGCAUUGGAAGCGAUCGCGUGAUGUUCGUUGACAACACCCUCUGCGAGGUGUUUGGCCCUACACAUAUUAAAUCCAGCACUCCCCCUACGACACUUGCAGAAGGGCAUGGUGCGUUGCCCACAUGGGGGGAGUCGAUCGAAGAGGCAUUCCGACGUUUCGUAGGAAGCUUUUUGAGCAACUCAAGUCGAUAUCAUUGUAGCUCCUCAUCCCAAUCCGAUCUGGCGAAUUCAAGUGUUCGGAUCACUGACAAGGGGGCGUUGAAUCGCGCUACGUUGUGCGGAGGAAAUCAUGAGUACGGACAAGCCAACCACGGCGUCACGUUGGCAUCGGGAAAUCAUUUUGAGGAGGAUCUGAUAGAUGUUGAUGGCGACUUUCAACUGCAAACCGGGGGGGUUGCGCGUACGAUUUGUCUCGUGACCCACGGUGAUGCUAUUAGUGCCGUUGUCUCCUACUUCUACCCAUCGCGUGUUGUCUACCAGACAGAUUUUCUCUCCUACGUGGUGAUGGGGAGGUGCGGCGAGAGCGAUGUGUUUCGCCUGCUCGACUCCAAUGGCGUGCAUUGGAUUUUGGAUGGGGUGGACGAUGAGCCUGUCGAUCCAACCUCAGCUACAAGCAGCACAAAUCUGCUCCCAGCGGCGGGACACAGGGUAAACGCAUACACGGAAACGCUCAAUGAAACUCUUUUAAGCAACUCAGACGCCUACCACGCCGAUAUCGCCAGAGAGGAGGAGGGGAUUGAUGAGCAAGCAGGAGGUGCAUUCUGCGCGUCGCAGUCCGUCUCUAGGUAUUUAUUACCUUUCGUGCAACGAAACGGAGACGCCUCCACACGGGAAGCGACGACGUCAUCACCAUUCUCGCAAGACGUCUGCUUUGGAGUGGAGAAGCGGUGCGCUUCUCCUCGAAUCCACACGAUCAACUUCACGAGGGUUGACGGGGCGGCGAAAACUACAACGCGCAGGGAAGAUUUGUCCUAUGAAGCUCCCUCCAUGAGCCUAUCCGGCGCGCACUCUAAAGUUCCUCUUCUUCUUUCAGGUGACGGCGCAUAUGCUCCAGAUUAUCGCCCCGCUCUGACGAGAAUCGGAUCCAUAACACGCAAAAAAAGGCUGUGUGUGGACUGCGCGCUGCGCUUCGUCGUCGCACUUAUCCAGGUAGGUGUCAUCUUCCAGUGGAAUCGCCUCAAAGAUUCGUUAAUCUACUUAUUUUGCGUUAAUGUGACAGAGGUAAGCCAGUUCUUUUUACUUUUAUCUUUUUCUCAACCAUCACGGGCCGGUUCUACAAACCAAACUGGCGCUGAAGGUGCUGCUUACCGAGCAUUGCGUUUCACAGGUGAAGAAUCUGGUAAAGCCGCGGGAGCGCGAAUAACGUCUUCGUCUCCAGCUAUAACUCAUGAUCUGGACACAACCCUUGAUCAGCGUGAGUCCCUCUUGCAGGUUCCCCCUUCCAUACGCGCAUGCGGUGCAUUAUGCAUCGAUGCGUGUGAUAGAGGGGAUCUAAAUGUCAAUAGAAGUGGCCAAGCAAGUGCCGACGCGCAUCCCUGUAGUUCCCAUGUCUACUGGGAAAUCCCAGAGAUGCCCUCUAAGAGUCUGCUCCUGUGGCAGUUUAUGGAAACGGUCUUAAAGGUUGGGUUAGUUUUUAUGUUUUCUUUAGUGAUUGGGUUUCUUCUUGCGUCUCCAUUCACUAUGUACUCGUCUUUGAUAGAAAUCUUUACCUUACCACGUCCUCUCAGUCUUUUCCUGGUUUAUUGUCUGCUGGAUUUCGUACGCGGUGCAUUGGAAAAAUGCGGACUGCCUUUUGGGUUUCAGGGUAACUCCCCAAGACGGUAG